AUGGCGGAGUCUAUAUCAGAAGGCACCUUGAAACAGUUCUCAAAACAGGUCGGGGAUUUUGUGGAGAGGGAUGAGGAGCUAGCAACGAUCGAAACUGAUAAGAUCGAUAUCACUGUGAAUGCGCCAGAGUCUGGGAUAAUCAAAGAAUUCCUGGCAAAGGAGGACGAUACAGUGAUCGUAGGGCAAGACCUAAUCAAAGUGGAGCCAUCAACAGAAAAACCAGCCGCCCAGAAGGAAAAGCCGGAUGAAACCACAGAACCUGCCAAACCAAAAGCAGCGAAGACUCAACCGAAAGAACAAGUGGAAGAUGUAAAGCCGGCCCACCCAAGUCAACGGAAGUCUGAUGUGAAAGAAAAAGACGCCGCGCCCAAAAAUGGACAGCCUGCCAAAGACGCCCCUGCACCCCAGCCAAUAAGUACCAGUCAUAGGAACCUUGGAAACAGAGAUGAGCGUAGGGUAAAGAUGAACCGCAUGCGACUACGCAUUGCGGAACGUCUAAAGCAAUCUCAGAAUACGGCGGCUUCGCUAACAACUUUCAAUGAAGUUGAUAUGUCGUCACUCAUGGAGUUACGCAAAUUAUAUAAAGAAGAUAUUCUAAAAACGAGGGGUGUCAAACUUGGAUUCAUGAGCGCAUUUGCUCACGCAUGUGUGUUGGCAAUGAAAGAGGUCCCAGCCGUCAAUGCCUCGAUUGAAGGGCCAAACGGAGGUGAUACUAUUGUAUACCGAGAUUAUGUCGACAUCAGCGUUGCAGUUGCAACAGAGAAAGGACUCGUGACCCCUGUGGUGCGCAAUGUAGAGACCAUGGAUCUCAUUUCGAUCGAAAAGGCAAUCGCAGAUCUUGGACAAAAGGCUCGAGACAAUAAGCUAACAAUCGAAGACAUGGCUGGUGGCACAUUCACGAUCAGUAAUAUGAUGUAUCUAGCUUUGACCUAUGAUCAUCGCCUCCUUGACGGGAGAGAAGCCGUCACCUUCUUAGUUAAGGUCAAGGAGUUCAUCGAAGACCCAAGGCGCAUGUUGCUAGCGUAA